AAAACCCCAUUUACACACAAUUCCUAACGCCUCUGUAUCAUUGAGAGAAAAAGCUAGGGAGAAACAAAGAAAGAGAAAAAUGGGAGUUUUUACAUUCGUUUGCAAAGGUUCAGGAGAUGAAUGGAGUGCUAAGCAACUGAAGGGUGAUCUAGAAGCUUCUGCUUCUUCCACCUAUGAUCUUCAGCGCAAGCUUGUUCAAGCUGCUCUUUCCACUGACUCUUCUGGUGGCGUUCAGUCCUCUUUCUCCUAUGUUACUCCUUCCUCUGCUGUCUUUCAGGUGAUCAUUGGUGGCGGUGGGGGCGGUGGCUUCAUCGGAGGUGGUGCAGCAGCAGCAGCGGCUCCUUCUGGUGGUGCAGCAGCUGCAGAAGCACCUGCAGCUGAGGAGAAGAAGGAAGAGAAAGAAGAGAGUGAUGAUGAUAUGGGAUUCUCACUCUUUGACUAGAUUGGCAUUAUAUAGUAGUACAUUUUUCAGUUUCUCUGCAUCUUUUUUCAGUGUCACUAUGUUGGCCCUAAAUUUUUGAUAAGCAUUGGAUUUAUCAGUUGCUGUUUAGGUAUCUAAUGACAUUGUGUUCUAUGGUUCUUUGACUCACUUUGCUCUCA